AUGCCGCCGCCACAGCAUCGGUGGCGCAGAGCUCUUAGCGGCCUCUUGAUUGUAACUCUCUUGACCCAUGCAUUCUUGACGCUCACAGGUAAUGUUAUUGUACAAUCUUGGCGCCAUGAUCCAUCAUGCAUGUGGACACGCAUUUGCAUGACGGUGUUUCUCUGUGGCAUGUCGGCCUGGUGCUUUGUCACAGUGGUAUCGCGUCCUUCAUUUUAUGUACAUGAUGCACUGGUAAACCCAAUGUCUGUCACGGUAAAACGAUCGAAUGGUGGUCCAAGAUGGUGCUCGAAAUGCGCUGCGCCCAAGCCAGACCGAUGCCAUCACUGCCGUCAAUGCCAUCGUUGUAUCACACGGAUGGAUCAUCACUGUCCCUGGCUCAUGGAAACAUGCAUCGGCCAACGGAACUACAAAGCAUUUGUGUUGUUCCUCUUGUAUACGACACUCUUAUGUGUCCUUUCCGUGGAAACAAUCGUGCGGGCAUGUCUACGGAAUUGGCCUCUAGUACCUGGGGCAGAAUUUGAACUGCCCACUGCUUGGAUCUUGUUGCUGGGCAUCGGAUUUCUUGUACGUAUAUCAGUUGAUGCUGUGGUUUUCUUACGCAGUUUGCCUUGGUCUUGGGGCCUUUUCUGUUGUUCCACAUCUAUUUGA